AGAGAGAGUGAGUGAGAGAGAGAGACUCCAACACCCCUGCAGGAGGACCCAUGGCUCAGCACUCGACCUAACACCACCGCAGCGAAUGAGUGAAGUGGAUCUGAACCUUCGUAACCUCCUGGCCUCCGUGGACCCCGCCGCCAGAGCGAAGCAACCCCAGCCCCAGAGUCGGCCUUAAGAGCCACAUAACGAGGUUCACUAGAAACCAGAAUUUUGUAUAUUAAAUAGGAACUGAAAGAUGGCUAUCAUAGGCCACGGCGGCACCGACAUUAUCCGCCAGUUGGUGGGCAAUGUCGUCAAUAUCUUCAAGAAGAAGCGUGCGCCUUGCACCUCCCCCUGCGACGGACUUGUCCUCAAGAUGCAUUAUCAGUGGACCUUCUGGCUAUUGCUUGCCGGGUUCUCCGCAGUCUGGUAUUCCUGGUACCAUCGCGACGUGAUCACUUGCGUGUCGCACUUCAAUGCAGAGACCCAGGUCAGGCUGGACUACAUCAACAUCUGCCUCUCCUACCCCUACGUGGAGGAGGGCAGCACGGACCGCAGGUUCCUGCUCUUCUACAGAUGGAUCCACUGGACCCUCCUGGUGCUAGCCGGCAUUUACUACAUCCCCCGAAAGAUCUCCAAGAACUCAGAAAACCCCAAAGUGAAGAAGCUCAUCGAGGACCUGGCCGUCAACUCCCACCGCUACGACCAGAUCGAGAAGGAGCUGGUGGACCGGGCGGCGCGCUUCAUCGCCUACAACCUCAAGACCCACAACGGCCUCUACUACAAGUUUGUGGUCUGCAACAUUGUGGCUCUCGUGGUUGACAUCAUGAGCUUCCAGUUCCUGGACUUUGUGUUCCAGGGCCGCUUCAUGCACUACGGCUGGAUGUCCUUCCCAUACUCCCGGGACCCCGUCAAUUUCUCAGACUACAUGUCCAGGACUUUCCCGCCCUUCGCCAAGUGCGAGCUGGGCGUAGUGAACAAGCUGGUCGGCCAGAGGACUGAGAAAUUCGGCUGUCACCUGACGGUGAUGGAGCUGUACGAGAAAGUGUUCCUGGGGGUGUGGGUGUGGCUCAUCCUGCUGACCACCAUCACCUGCGCAUACCUCAUCUUCCUGGGCUUCAUGUGGCUGCCGUACUUCCGCCUCAUGAUGCUGAGGGUGGCCAAGCCCCUCAAUGCCAAAGACACCGUCAGCAACACCAUCGUCUCCGUCGUCAACUGCUGCAAGAUCGGCGACGUCUACCUGCUGUACCGCCUCAAGCAGCACCUCAGCCACGCGCGGUUUUACGAGCUGCUGACGCGCCUCUCAGACCCCGAGCUGAUCAAGACCAUGCUGGAAGACCCGGCGGACAGGGCCGUCCACUCCCGGAACCAGGAGAACUUGCGCAACAGGAAGCCGAACAUCAACAUGGGCGGCCCCAAGGGGAAGUUCAACAACCCCAACGAUCUCUUCAUCUCGCAGGACUACGGCCGGCCGAACACGAGCAUCCUGGUGGAGUGACGCGGCCACCGGUCUCGCGUUCGGCUCACACACGUACUUAGAGGCGCCGGGGGAGGGAGCUUAGCCCGCCGCGCUUCGGUGUUUUGUCCCCUUUUUUUAUUUAUUUGUUAACGGCGCUAGAUGUGUAAGCUCAGAGGUCUCUUAUAGGGGGGUGGAGGCUAUCGCUUCUGCUGCCUCUCUUUUCCCUUGUAGCGCGUAAGGUUCAUUAGUGAUACACAAACUGUUGACUGUGGUAUUUUUUAAAGAACUGUUCUGUCCCCUGAGUGUUAGCGACUGUUGAGUGAGCGUGGGAGAGCUCGCGGAUGACUCGUGUAAUAACUGUGUAAUAACCGUCCACACAUGUUGUUUCCUGUUCAUAUUCUAAUGUAAAAAAGUAGUAUUUAUAAGCGGCGCGACAGGGCGACACGGUGCCUGGGCGUCCAUGCUUGCCGCAACACGUGACACUCGGCGCACAGCUGUGUUCGACGUGUUCGGCUUGCGACGCCUCGGUGCUGUGUGGUGGCCUUGGCGUAGCGUGGUGCUGUGACAUGUCCAGAGUCAAGGGCCUUGCCGCUACACUCUGCGCGCAUCCUAUCGCCCAGUUACGCCAAGACCAGUGAAGUGUUGCAGCGUUGCGUCUGGUUCACAUUGCAGUGCUGAGUGUUGCGUUGUGUUCCUGGUGCGACGCUGGGCUUGUGUUGUUGUCGGUCUCUAGCCACAUGCAUGGUGGAUGGGCUUGGAAGAGAAUGCGAUCUGUGAAUCAGUAAUGUUGCAGUGUGUGUGUUUGUAUGUUUGUGUAUGUUUGUGUACGUGUGUGUGUGUGUGUGUCUCCUUUUAGCAAUACUCGGCCAGGCAGUGAAAGAAGCAUGUAACCUUUUUUUACUCUACGCUUUCUACCAUUCCGUGCAUUUGGCCUUUUAACGAAAAUUUUUACUGCUUGUCAUUUUUUAGUUAACUUAAAAAUUCCUUUUAUUAUGAAUUAAGCUGAACUGUUUUUUUAGCAAUGUCUUUUUAUAUGAUAUGCCAGUAUGAGUGACUCUUUUUGCUAUCAAUGCCAUAAUGAAUGACAAUCAUGGUCAUUUUUUGUACCAUUUUGACAAUAAACUUUUACAUUUA